UCACGAGAAUUCAAUCAGGGGCAGGAAGAUGAUUCACUGCCACCAGCAUAGUUGACGCACUCGAAGCACUCGAGGAAGGCUCCAGUAAAGGGGAGAACCGCAGCUGAACGACGCGUUUCCGUGACCAAAUCUACGAAAAUUCAAAAGCAGCUUGACAAAGUAUGACGUCCUACUUGUUGCUCGUCCUGCUGGCCGUCUGUUCGGUCUCCGUCCAGGCGCAGCGACCAGCUUUCGGACGGUGCCCUUCCAUGAAUAAUCUGGCAUCACUCGAUCUUCACAAGCUCAAAGGUCACUGGUACGAAGUGGAACGCAGCUUCUACGUCUUCGAGCUGCACCGCAAGUGCAUUGCCAUCGACUUCCAACCUCAAGGGAACAGUAUUAAACUCUCAACGUCCUUUUUGAACCGAAUCACAAACAACAAGGGUGCAGAUGUUGCCAUUGCCACUCCUUACGGAAAGAACUCCGCAAAACUGAGACUCAUAGUGGACGGCUCAAUUUCCCGGCAGACUCCGGACGCAGUCAAGAGGGCCCUCCCAGGGUCUGGCGACUACUAUGUCUUGGACACCGACUAUGACAACUAUGCUGUCAUUUAUAGCUGCUCUAAUAUGGCUGGACUCUUACAUGCUGAUCUGAUUUGGGUGCUCUCAAGGCAGCGUGACCUUCCUCCGAAUGUGAGGGUUGACAUCUAUGAUGCUCUCAUCAAAAAGGGACUCAACAGCGACGUUCUCACCCUCACCCAACAGAAAGGAUGCACCAAUUGAACAAAAAUCUCGCAGCAUUUAUUAUAAGUGGCAUUUCAUCGAUCUGAUUUUGUGUGCUCAUUAUAAUUAUACCAUUUCUAUGUACUCGGUAAUAAUUACCAAUGUAAGCUAUAUUUUGUAUAAAUUGGAAUAGAACUAACCAAAUUUGUCAUGACAUCAAAAA